AUGGCUCUCUAUACAAAUACCCUGAUAACGUUUGCAUUCCUGACAGUCGGAGGAUAUCUUUUAUUCAACGGAAAUGGGGAACAAUUCAACGUGGGUGACUUUUUGGAGACUACAUCUCCCUAUAUGUGGGCAAAUCUGGGUAUAGCAAGUUGCAUUGGAUUCUCGGUCAUUGGUGCUGCAUGGGGAAUUUUCAUAACAGGUUCUUCGAUCAUCGGUGCAGGUGUCAAAGCUCCCAGAAUCACAACAAAAAAUUUAAUCUCCAUCAUUUUCUGUGAGGUGGUGGCUAUUUAUGGGCUUAUUAUGGCCAUUGUUUUUAGUUCCAAGCUGAACCCAGUCGAUGCCGUGAAUUUACUUUCCAAAUCCAAUCAGUAUACAGGUUAUUCAUUAUUCUGGGCUGGUCUUACUGUUGGUGUAUCCAACCUCAUUUGUGGCCUUGCCGUUGGUGUAACAGGAUCUACGGCUGCGAUUGCUGAUGCUGCUGACUCUGCUUUGUUUGUGAAAAUUCUGGUUAUCGAAAUUUUUGGUUCUGUUCUGGGUCUGUUUGGUCUGAUUGUCGGACUUCUGAUGGCAGGUAAAGCUGCAGAGUUCAGCUGA